CAGACGAAACUCUCCGGCGGUUUAAGACUCCAAGUGGGCCAAAUUUCUCCACCAUGGGAAAUAUGGCGUGCCGAAUUUUCUGUAAAAUGAGAAAAAAUCCAGGGUCGUUACCGGCGUUACCGUCAUGCUUCUCGAAUAGCCCAGCUUUUAUCACCGCUCGGUACGCUCACCCCUCGCCGUCCGGUCUCCUCUCCAUGGACCGUUGGACCGGAGUGCUCAAGGUCUCCCUCGGCCCCAACCAUCGCGGCCCUUUCUUCAAAGUCGCUGCGUCCCUCCUCCUCUCCCACUCCAAAGCCCUUAUCGUGCCUUCCGUGAAUGCGAUCUUCUUUAAUGGCGACCGGGUCGAAGGCACUGGAGACCCGGUGAUCGAGAGGCUAUCGGAUUCGAGGAACAUCGCCGAGCUGCUCGUCUCGAAGCUGGGGAGCUCCGCCAACGCUUGGGUGGUGGAUGCGUCCACCUUCAACGGGCCUUUCGCGGUUUAUAAGGAGUUUAUACCGUCGGUGAACUCUCGAGGAGAGCCGAAGCGUUAUGAUCCGAAUGGAUUCCCGGCUUCGUCUUCCGUUGUUACAAUCUUAUCUAAGUGCGUCGAAGAGGUGAAAAGUUUGAUCUCAUGCAGUGUAACAAAACAAAUACCGACAGACGUGCAUUUUCCUGCAUCCACAUCGCCAACUCGGCCCAAAACAAUCAUCCUUGGAUUUAGCAAGGGUGGGACUGUUGUCAACCAGCUUGUAACUGAACUUGCAUACCUUAAUACUGAACCUGCAAGAGACUUGAUGAGCAGCGAGAAACCUUCAUCUAGAUUAUCUCAGGAGAUGCAAGAUUGCCUCUGCCCUGUUUCUGAAGGCGGUCUUUUGUUCAGUAUCUCUGAGUUUCAUUACGUGGAUGCUGGAUUGAACUGCGCUGGAGCAUAUUUGACUGAUCGUACUGCAAUCAGAAAGAUUGUUGAGCACUUGUUGCUUUACGAUGCGAGUAUUAGUUUUACACUCCAUGGCACUCCCAGACAGUGGUGUGAUCGCCAUCGCCCUUGGAUCUGCAAGGAGAAAGACAUAUUGCGCCGCUUGCUUGAAGAUGAAGCUCGCAGAUGUGAAGGAAAAUUGAAGCCCAUAUCUAAAAAGAGGAAUAGCUCAAGGCGCAGCAAUUGUUUUGCUCAAUCAGCAAGGUACCUGUUGCAGAGACCUUUGGAAUCAAGCAGCUUCUGAUUAAUAUUUUUAAUUUUGGCCCGGAUCUUUCCAGAUUUCAGCAGAAGUUCCUGAUUGCACAGGUUUAACCAGUAAUUGAAAGUUGAAAGCCCCUCGGAGGCGAUGGUGGCAAUGGAAGAUUGCUUAUUUAGAAAUAUUCUAGAGUCCGUUUCUCUCCAAUGGUAGCCAGCGGCGUCAAGAUGAUAAGCUGUGAUGGUUUUGAAAUUUUCCCCUUCUCCAAGCUAGACGGUAGUGCCCGAAGCUAAAUUGCGGAUGGAGCACACCCAAGGAAUAGCCAAUGGACUUCCAAACGGUGGAGAAGAACUUGCAUGAUGAAGAUAGAUGGUCCACCAUUUCUCCUGCUUCAUUACAAAGCACACAUCCUCUGAGAUCUUUUCCAAAUUUUUUACCGAUGUUAUCUCUGGUGAUCAAGUUCUUAAGCCUAACCAAAGGAAACAUUUAGUCUCAACGGGUACCUUAAGUUUCCAGAACCAGCAGAAGCACACUUUGCCCCUGGAGUUCAAGAAAUGAUGAAGGGUGGCUGAGACAAAUGGUGUGUUCCCAUUCAAUUUCCAUCUCACCCAGUCCUCAUUUUGGCCAAGUGUAAUUGUUGCAAGGAAGGAAGGCUGUCUAUUUAUUGAACUCAUUAAGAAUCUCAGGGGAAGGAGAUGUCGGCCGUCUAAUCUUCAAUCUACAUUACAGAAACAAGCGACAAUACCAUUUUUCUUCGUACUUGGGCAAUCAAUUGCAAGGAAGAGUUCUUGGAGAGGAACGCCGGAAAUUCAGCAAUCAUUCCAAAUGACGGUCUUUGGGCCAUGUCCAAUCGUGAAGUGCAUCUUGCUCCAAAAGAAAAAUGGGAACAUCUUCCCAGAUCCUUCCAAAUUCCUAAGCUUCAAAUCCCCAACGGGUUUGGCAAGGAGAGAAGUAUUGAAUUGACUAUUUAAUGCACAUUGAUGCCAUGACGGAAUCGAGAAAGGACCCAAUGCGUGAUUGACCAGCAUUAGAAGGGACCUUGAGGUGAUCGGAUGGGAUAGGUCCAUUGUAUGAAUAGGACAUCCGAACUCGUGUGGAUAUCUUGUUACAUUAAUACCCAAACUCCCACUUGGGAUCCAUUUGGGAUAA